AACACCGUUCAGUAUCGCGUGGUGUACCCCUUGUGUCUAAUCGUCCGUUUGCGAAGUUGUACAACUCGAUUCGCGGGUAAAAAAGUAAACGAUUUUACAAAAGUACUUAGAUUGCUGGUCCUGUGACGUCUACACCAGCGGUUAUGCUGCGAGACGAAUAAUGGUCCACAUCAUCCUUAAGACAUCUGACCACAGUAUCAUGUUGGUCGUUUAUCUCUUGUUGGUAUUAUGCACCGGACGUUUCAUCGAUGCCGAAAAAGCAAAGUGUUGCGGCCGCGUGACCGGGAACUGUAAGAGAGCCUGCGAACAAUUGGCUGUUCUACAAGAAUACCCAAAAGACAAAAUAGCUGGACGUAUAACCGAUUUUUAUAAUCACUGUUCCCCAAAAAAUGUCCAGCACGUUGAAUGGUGUAUGUCAUCUUCAGCUCAAGAUACCGAGAUAAAGUGGCUGGAUGCGGCUAGGAAGUGCUGCGAUGUAGCCAGGUCGGAUGGAUGCCAAUUAUCCUGUUUGAACCGAAACGCUGGAUCCCGAUCGGUACACAGGGACUGCCAAGACGAAACAGAUUUCUUCAAUUGUCUGCAACACCAACAGGUCAAAGAUACAUGUUGUGGUGACAAGACGGACGCGGCGCAGUGUCAGAUCGCGUGCGAGAAAUUCCUAGCCAACACGCCAUCCAUCAACCGACACGCAGCCAACCAGGAAAUCCUCGACCUGUGCUCGGCCGACCGGCGGGACACACGUUCCGCUACCACGACAACCACAUCGGUUGAGCUGCACCGUCGGUGCACCCGAAAUACAACCACCAGAAGAACGUCGUCCGACGGACAUAAAUACCUGCACUGUUGCAAGUUGGCCGCAGAUACACAGUGCGAACAAGCCUGUCAGGACAGUCUGCGCAGAAAGUUUGACUCAGACGUCGAGGCAGUCGACAGCUUGGAGGGUAGAGGAUGUGGACCGCCGUCGUUGGACGACCGGUUUUGGCAAUGUUUCUUACAAAGCGAACGGGCAGAGCAGAAAGAUACGUCGGCGCCAGCACCGAUGUCACAAAUAGAGAAACUCGGCAUGGACAGUGUGAAACUACAUUGUUGUGAUAAGGCCACGAUAGCGGGAUGUCGCAAACUCUGUUUGAAGACGUUCACAAACGAAUGGUCUUCGUCGUGGAACGACUUUAAUUUCGAGUGUUUGUCGCAUCCCAACGAAGAUCGAUUACUCAAGUGUUUGGAUGAUGUCGAAGAACCUUGCGAUCUUGGCUGCGACGGCCUGAACUAUUGUACGGCAUUCAACAACCGGCCCACGGAGCUUUUUCGGAGUUGUUCACCGCAGACGGACGACGCAGCUCACUACGACGUGACGCUGUGGCGUCAACGCGGCACCAUCACACUGUUCAAUUACGAAAUACCGCUGAAGAACAUCACAAAGUGCAUGCCCGAUAGCUGGAAAGCCGUCGCCUGCAUCUUACAGAUACGGCCGUGCACUAGGCAAACGCACGUCAACAAAAUUUGUCGGGACGAUUGUCUGGAGCUAUUGAGCACGUGUUUGGACUGGACAAACUCGGCACCGGGAAUGUCAGCGAAUUCACUUUGCGCACGACUGUCACCCGAAUCCGGACCUUGCGUGCCACUCGGAGCUUUCGCGGAACUCGGAGCACCUCGGCUGCUGUCACCGCGACUACAAAACGACCGCCAGACGGAUCUCAUACAGCACACGGCGAUUGACUUGCCGGAGGUGACCACCCCCUGCAAGCGGAACCCGUGCGCACCAGGUUCGGUGUGCCUGGUCAACCGAGGCUGCAAGAUUGGUGGCGGAUGUAAACCGUACCGAUGCGUGGCUGGGUGCAAAGCGGGCGAAGUGUCGCACUUUCUUGUGCCAGAAGAUUCGUAUGCUCGCAUACCCACGUUCAACGGACAAAAGGGCUGCGUAAAAAUCUGCCUCUGCACAAAAAAAGGCAUUGAAAAGUGUCAGCAAGUACCCUGUUCACAGAUACAGUCCUGUUGGCUGGUCGGCAAACCGAUUGAUCACGGGUCCACGUUCGAGAUGGAUUGCAAUACGUGCAACUGUUUCGCGGGCGAGAUAACUUGCACAAAGAAACACUGCGAACCCACGACCGUCAACGCCGUGUCCCGGUACAGGCACACCGGACUGCCAUGCAACUGCGCUCCGCACCACGUGCCCGUCUGUGGUUCCAAUGGCAACACGUACCCCAAUUCAUGUCUGGCCAAGUGUGCCGGUCUGUCUGACGUGGACCUCAAGUUCGGCACGUGUUGGAAUGACGAUCCGUGCGCCGGCGAUCACACUUGUCGGUCCGACGAGAGGUGCGUGCCCACCCGUCAGGUGUGUUUGUCCAUGUUGAAGAAAUCUUGUGUCCAAUACAAAUGCGUUUCAGAGAAAACAUCGUGCGAAGAUGUAACUAAAAGCGUGGUGUGCGACACAGACGACGUGGAACACUCAAACCUGUGUCACUUAUUACGGUCUGGCAAAACGCUGGCGUACAACGGGCCGUGCCUGGUGGGGUGCAAUUCGACAGGAAGCGUAUGCGGGGUGGAUGGCAAUACCUAUCCAUCCGAGUGUGCGGCCUUUGCGGAAUCUGCUAGCGUUGACUACCCAGGGCCGUGCAUUUCUUCUGGGUUCAUUGGACACAACGGUCGGCCAUACUGUGCUGCAAAAGGCGUAGUAAACUGCCCGAGGCUGCCCCAUAAAGGAUGUCUAGGUAUCACGCCACCCGGGGCCUGCUGUCCCAAGUGUGCAGGAGCUUUACGAAUACUUUUCAGUCAAAAACAAGUCGACCGGGUGAUGCACACGCUAAAAAAGCCGUCGGUGAACGCGCUGAAUACGAAAUCUAUCCUCCGGGCAUUGGACAGGCACGUGCUGGUGGCCGAGUGCGUGGUCCGCGGCCACCUGACCAUGUACCAAGACCUGUUGGUGCUCGUCGAGUCCACGGUCCGGAACCCAACCAGGCUUCAACUGGAGGCGUGCAUCAGGGAGUCGGAAAAGCUGUCGUCGCUGGUGGAAACGUCAAGUCCUCGAGUCAUGAUUGACCUGAGUCUCAGCACGCUCAUCUCGGCCAGUCCUGUUCACGAGAUGGUCGCGGACGACGACGCCGACGCUGCAGCCGCCGCCCCAGAUCUCCAGGCUUGUGCCGCCACCGCCACCUUCACACUGAUUCUGACUGUGCUCAUUCGCUAAAAAAAUAAUCCGACUGAAUUUUUUUUAUUGUUUAUUAUUUUUUCAUUUCAUUUUUGUUUUCACAUUUUACUCAACCCGUACGAGUUUAUUAUACGGUUUAAAAAUAUUUCGAUAGUAAUUAGUGAUUAUUA